AUGUUGAACAAAACCAUCGUCUUGGCCUUGCUUGGCCUCGGCAGAGCCAGUCUCGUCGCCGCAACGGAUCAAACCGUGACUGUCACGACCACCAAAACCGAGACCGUCACGGCUUGCGCCUCGUCCUGCUACUCCGUCGUCACGAGCUGCGCUUCCACCGCCACCUUGACAGUGUCCACCUCCACGUCGCAGAGCGAGACUGAGUCCAAGUCUGCUGCCUCUACGGGCACUUAUCCCACGGGCUCUGCAUCUUCUGGACCGAGCUAUUCCGGAGGGACUUAUACCCCCCCGACCGCAUCGUACAGCACCUAUGAAACCGGUACUGCCUCUUCUGCGACCAAGACGGACACGUACCAGUCCAUCAAGAGCGUCACUUCUUCGACUGCUACCGGCACGGCUACUACUUCCGGUGUCAGCAGUGACUCGAGCCAGCUCCCGGGCAGCACAUCCUCCGCUGCCACGGAGAGUACGGGGUCGUCUUCCUCUGCUGGCUCUUCCUCUGCUGGAACGCUGACUUCGUCCUCGGCCUCUGCUUCGACGUCCAGUGCGUCGUCUGAUUCAACGUCAGCGUCUACGCGGGAUACCACCUACAAAUUCGCCACCACGACACAAGCUCGUGGCACCUCGACGAGCUCUGAGAGCGCAACCGCGAGCGCGUCUGAGAGCACAACAUUGACGACGUUGACGACGCGGGGGUCGACUGUCACGCAGACUGUGACUGUGUCGAGGAGCUCCGGCUCGCAGAGCUAUAGCUCUGUUCCAUCGGGCAGUUCGUCGGGUUCUUCGGUUGGAUACUCGACCGGAAUCAUCUCCUGGUUAUUCCACCGGCGGUACUUCAACUGGUGCCUCUACUACGGGAUCCUCCACCGCGUCCUCGACGAUAUCCUCAACUGGCAGUUCUACGGGUACGUCUACGGAGACAUCCACAGAGACUACAACUGGUUCUUCUGCAGCUACGUCAACCGGAUCUUCCACGGCGUCUACAGGAUAUUCCACGGUGUCAUCCGGUACAUCCAGCGGCUCGACUGCAGGAUCCUCCACCGAGUCCUCCACUCAGACUUCGACAGGCUCUUCAACAGGCACAGGCUCAUCCACCAAAUCUUCCUCAAUGAUUGUUUACACUACCGCCUCUCAGUCCACCGGCCAGUCGUCGGCUGCAACGUCGACGGGAUCUGCUUCCACAACCAGCGGCCAGUCAUCCUCUGGAACAGCCUCAACUUCAGGGGGUCAAUCAUCCACCGCUUCGUCAACGGCAAGCUCUUCCGGAUCGUCAUCCGCAAGCACCAGCGACACAGUACUUCGUAUUCCGGUACCCCCUCCUCCUCCUCCUCCUUCUCCUCCUCUGGCUCAACCGAGACCACAGUCUCAUCAUCACCAUCAUCAUCCUCUGGCUCAACCCAAUCCACAGCCUCAUCCACCCAAAUCGAGACCCAAACAACAGACUCCUCCGCCCUCCCCGGCACAACCCAAACCCCAUCCUACACAUCCUCCUGCGCGGAUUCCUCCACGCCCAUCUACACCCUCCCCAACUCCACCGCCUCUACAUCCUCCGAAGGCCAUUCAUCCCAGUCAACAGCCUCCACAUCCUCCGAAAGCUACUCCUCUUCCCAGUCAACUUCCGCUUCCACCACAGGCUCCUCCUCCUCCUCCUCCUCCUCCCAAUCAACAUCCCUCAGCACAACAACCUACAUCCUCCCCUCCUCAAGCACGAGCAUCACAACCGACGCCUCCGCCGCCCCGGGCACCACCUUUUCAACUUCUUCGACAACCGCCACAGAGAGCUCGCAGUACUCGCCUCCCUACAGUGAAACGCCCACAACGACCGAUGCCUCCGCCGCACCGGGAACGACCUUUUCAACUUCGACCGCCAACACAGAGAGCACGCCGUAUUCACUGCCGUACAGCUAUAGUGACAUUCCCACGACAUACUACUCCCUGCCCGCGUCUUCUGCAUCUUCCACAUCCGACGCUAAUUCCGCUACUUCGUCCUCAGCUCCGUCCUCCUCACUCUUCACCAUCCUAACCACUUCUUCUUCUUCUUCUUCUUCUUCCGCCACAACAUCCACUUCCACAGUCUCAUACGCCUCCUCCGCAGACGCAAUCACCCAGCCCACGACGUCGACAACAACGUCUUCUUCCUCUUCAUCUUCUGCUUCUUCUUACUACUCUUCUUCUGCUGCAUCUUCUUCUUCCUCGUAUCCUUCGUCAGCUUCAACCACACUCUACACUUCCACCACCACAAAGUCCUCCGGCACCGAGACGUCCACCACUGAAACUGCGUCUUCUUCCACAGACACCUCGAAGAGCGACUACCCCGUUCCCACCAUCCCCUCGUAUGGCCCGCCGCCAUCUUACGACCCUCCGGCUUACGGCCCGCCUCCUUCUUAUGGAUUCAGGGGCCGCAGAAUUUGGUAA